GGGCGCAGCACCAGGCUUGUUGGACGUGCAGCCUCGCGGGGCUGGAGAGGGGGACGGAAGGGCCGCUCCGGGCCGGGAGUCGCUGGGCGGGUCAGCGGGCGAGGGGGGCCCCCUCCUCCAGCGGGCCAGCAUGGACGUGAGCACGGCGCGGCCGUCGGCGAGCGACAUCGCGGACCUCAACAGCCAGGACGCGCAGACGGUGUGCGAGGCGCUGGGCCGCUACGAGGAGACGCUGCGCGGCGCCGUGCGGGAGAUCCACGUGGACAUCCAGGUCUUCAAGAGCGGCGUGGACCGGCAAGUGGCCGAGGUGCUGCGCCUGGCCAGCCCGCUGGCUCACACCGUGGCCGAGCUGCAGCAGGACAACCGGCACUUGCGCGCGCAGGUGGAGCGCCUGGCCCGGCAGGUGGAGGCCCUCCGCGGGGUGGCCGGGCUGGCGGACGACGGGGCGGACGAGCCGGGCGCCUCCCGGCUGAGAGGCAGCGCCCGGUUCUCCAGCCACGCCAAGCUGUCCUUGUCGGCCAAGAGCCAGAGCUUGGACUUGGAAGACCACAAUGACUUGGAGAGCCGGAGGGCUUCUGAUUUCUCCAUAGUUGAAAAUGGACAUCAGCCUUCAGGAGGCCUGGCCAAGCUUGCUCAGGAAACAGCCUCACCUCUUCACCUGUCGAAUGCGCCCCCUGAGGCACACGCUCCGGCAGUGAGCUCACGGAUGCCACACCUUCCGGUUACCGCGGUAACCAGAGUAUCAGAAACCUUUUCAGGAGAAACCGCUGGGGGGCUAACUGCACCGAGUGUCCCUGGCGGGCAGCAGAACAAAAGCCACAGUGAGGCUGUGUCCAAAACUUCAAGUCAAUCAGUGAGUGCAGUGAAGAACUGGAGUUCAGGUUCUGUGAGGACAAGUACCUCCAUCACUUCAGAGAAAUUCUCUUCCAUCACAAAGUCCACAUCGGCUACAAGCUAUGGAGUGACUGGUGGAACCCAGGCUAGCGAGAGCAUGACAGCCAGCCAGCAGGAUGUAGCCCCCAAAUCCCACUCCCCACCUCCAGCACAGCGGCCAGUGGAAAAACGGAGAGAGUUGGUGAGGUCUCAGACUCUGCCCCGCACUUCAGGAACGCAGGCCAGAAAGGCGCUCUUUGAGAAGUUCGACCAGGACCGUGGAAAGGGGAAAGGGGAGGUCAGGCCUAAACUGAAGAGGUCGCAGAGCUUUGGAGUUGCCAGUGCCAGCAGCAUCAAGCAGAUCCUCCUGGAGUGGUGCCGUUCCAAAACCAUUGGCUAUAAGCAUCUUGACCUGCAGAACUUCUCGUCCAGCUGGAGUGAUGGGAUGGCAUUUUGUGCUCUUGUCCACUCAUUUUUCCCUGAAGCCUUUGAUUACAACACACUCGACCCUGCGAAGCGCAAGGAGAAUUUCGAACUGGCGUUCACCAUGGCAGAGAAAAUGGCCAGUUGUGACCGCCUGAUAGAAGUGGAUGACAUGAUGGUGAUGGGCCGCAAGCCGGACCCCAUGUGCGUCUUCACCUACGUGCAGUCCCUCUACAACCACCUCCGCCGCUUUGAAUGAAGCCGGGAAGGUCCUCGUCCGCCCUGAGAGGACUGUGACAGCGAGAAUGGGGCUUGGCUGCAGCUCCUCUCGUUCCCCAGCGCUUGCUGCUGCUCCGCCGCUUGCGUCACUGACAAGACAGCCACUGAGGAGGCGCCCAAAUUUCUGGAUACCGGGACAAGCCAAAAGGAAACCCGGGCGCAUGGCUCCGGGGCUAGUUAAAAGUAGGAUUUCCUGAACCAGACCAAUCCAGUUUCUGAAAUGGAUUCGGAGAGGCCAGCUGGAAACCUCCAGGGCUGCUGAACCUAUCAGGUUCCAGUUCUCUGACCCAGGAACAGGGCCCUUUCCUUACCCCCAUCUCUUAAGUAAGAAAGCAGGCAAAAAUGGCCCACAGGGGGAGACUUCAUGAUGUUGGAUGGGGACAAGCAUGAGUUACAGCACAUUCAGAAGCUCCUGAAGGUUGGCCUGCCAUGAGUCAAAACUUGCAACUGCCCCUGGGAGAUUACAAAGGCUUACAUCUAGCCAUUUAAUCACCACUUCCUAGGCAGCGGAAGUGUUCCUUGUGACCAGCUAUUGUCAAAAAAUGCAAACCAGGCAGAUCAUGUGAGUCUGGUUGGAACACCAGCUGGAGCCUGGGUUUUUUUGGUAUGCAAAAAAUUCCUCCUUGCCCCAGGCUGAGUUGGCUGACAAUUACCUUCCACCUAUCCCCCAUUGCUGUUGUGGGUAAGCUGUUCUAUUGGUUUGUCCACAGAGUAAUCCCUCACUUUGUAGGUGCCUGGGGGGGGGGGGUGGUGGUGGCUUACUCCUCCUUAGGAUACACUAAAUUUGGGAGAUGCUUGGAAGCCGUCAAUAGCCUGUCCCAAUGGGUCACCACGUUGCACUGGAAACCCUAUAUGCCCUUCUGUGCAGCUGUAACCUGCCCAUGCUCUGUGCCAGAAGGGCACAGUUCCACUCCCUAAGUAAAUUAUGCAAAUCAAGCAAUAUGCUAUGAAAAUAAACUAUAUUUGCAUGGCCAUAGCCUACUUUUGCAAGCUGUGGGGAGGAAAAAGAAGUUAAACAGACCAUUGAAACAGUCUCCCCCUUCACUGAGAAUUUUGUUCUGCUCCCCCUUCGGCUUCAUCUUCUGACCUAUCUCACACUCACCUCUAUAGCCAUAAAGGCUAGAGGCAUAGUAGUUUAACAAGUGGAGGUCCUCCAUCUCUUCAUUUCUGAUUCAGAGAUUGCAUAGUGUAAUUGGAAUGGCAAGAGACUGGCACCUGCCAACAGGGGGGAUACAGGGACUUGCCCCCACUUCCCUGCACAGCCAAGCCUACCAACAAUUGUGAGACACCCACAAAGAAAGGAGCGUAUCAUUUUCAAGCACCCUCUUAAUCCCAAACAAGCAGGUGAUGGGACUGGCUGGAAGCCUUUGUCCCUAAUUUCAAGUUGGGGAAGGGGUCACUGUAGUCAAAUGAUGAGAGGAAGGAUUCCAGCCCAUUUCAGAGAUGCUGAAUUAGCCGCUUUCGUUUCAGAUCUUCCAUAGCUUGAAUUCAAACUGGGAGAGGUUUGGUUCCCAUGGCUAUGAAGCGCUGGGGAGUUCCUUUCCCCUCCUUUGGUGCCCAAGCAUGCCCCCUUUCCAGCCAAAGUUCCAGCUGGGCAUUGCACUCAGUCCAGGGAGCUCUGCCAAGCACUGCUGGGCUGGGAUAGCAUUUUGUAGGCGGCUUUCUGUGAAAUCCCUACAUCUGCUUGCUGCAACAUCUGCCUAAGACAAUGUUACCUGCCUCGCCUCUCCUAAAUCAGCCUGAAUAUCACCGGCGGACGAAGGGUGUGCUUGUGCUAUUAGCCCACAUGCGACAUGUUUAAAGAAAACCAGCCAUCAAUUCCACUGCCGUUCGAGCCAAUUGGGCAAAGGUGCUUCCUGAGAAGCCAUCCAGCUUGCUCAGGCUACCAGGAUCCAUUCCUGAGUUUUGGCUCACUGUUUCUUUGCUGUUAUUUAUAAGAAAAAGCUGCUUUGGUUGUGUACCAAAGGGCCAUUUCUAAUAAAAUAUAUCAAAGACA